AUGCAGGAGCUUUUUGUUCAGUAUUUGGCUACCUACUCCUACAAGCAUGGCAGAGGCAAGGAGAAGAGCGCUCUAACUUACAGUGACCUGUCUCACACCGCGGAAGAGUGUGAAACCUUUCAGUUCCUUGCAGAUAUCUUACCAAAGAAGAUCCUCGCUAGCAAAUACCUAAAAAUGCUUGAAAAAGAGAAGCGAGAUGGAGAAGUGAGGGAAAAUGACGAAGAGGAUGAGGAGGAAGAUGAUGAUGAAGAAGAAAGUGUUGAAGAUGUUGGAUCUUAAGGCUAAUGGAGAAUUAUAGUUAAUCAAUUUUCUGUUGUAUAAAGGAUGCUAUUUUUGUGACUGAAAAUCCAUAUGCUGGAUAUAUUUAUACACUGAGCCAUCUGCUUUUGCUUUAAGAAGUUUAGAAAUUGAACUUUAUCCCUGCUGAAGAAUGGAAUUCUUCUCUCAGACGCAUGAUGGGGAAAGAAGAGUUGUUGUAAAUCUGACAGCAGAACUUGCUCAGACGAUUUAAAAUGACUUCUUCAGACAAUCGUUAUCCAAAUUUAAAACGUCUUAUGGGCAAUGCAGCUUUCAGUCCAAAGGCUCUUUCUCCCUCCAACCAGGAGUCCUCCACCACUUUCUCUUUCCUCAGAGAGGAAAAUGAGGGGAGGAGAGACUUCUUACGCAAUGUCCUCUGCCUCCCUAAGUAGACAAUAACUGAUCAAACCUUCCCCCAGUUCUCUGGAAACGUGCCAGGGCAUUAGCAGUGGACCAAGCCCAUCUAAAACAAAACAAAACCCCCCAAAAACCGCUUCUGUAAUGCAGCUUAAAUAGCCACGUCUGCACAGAAAUGAGCUAGAGGUUCAGAUCCAUUCCGAUAGCUGAUGUGGCUCUGCGGCCAGCAGUAAAAAGUAGAUGUGUUAGAUAAUGAUGUAAAUAUGUAUAUCUAGAAUCUUUUUUUCUAGUGAAGUCUCUACUUCUGCAAUUUGUCUGUGGUUUCCUACCAAAAUGGACAUUGUUUUAAGUUUAUUGAAUGUGGAUUGUUGAGUGGCAAGAGAAUUAGCAACUGUUUUACCAUUUGAGCGGUAGAGCUGGAUUUUUUCUUUUUUUUUUUUUUUAAACUACAGAAAUGGUGACAGUCCUGUGUAGAACUUUGUAUGCAACUUUUUAAGGAAAAUAAAUGUUUUAUAUGAAA